GGCCGGGUAGGCGGCGGCGCGGCCCGAGGAGCGUGGGCGGGUGGGCGAGCGAGCCGCGUCGCGACGUGAUGUGACGUGACGUGACGUGACGUGACCCGAGCCGGCGACACCGCUACUUUCCUUAUUGCUGAAUGAAGAGUUUUCACUGGGUACCAUUUCUGACCGUGAAAAAGAAGAACUGGAGAGGAAACAAACUAUGAAAGUAUUGGUUAUUGGCCUUGGAGGUGUAACAAAUGGAGGGAAAACAACGCUGGCAAAAAAGCUUAAGAAAAUGCUUCCCAACUGUGAUACAAUCUCUCAAGACGACUUCUUUAAGCCAGAGUCUGAAGUAGAAACAGAUGAACGUGGAUUUAAGCUGUAUGAUGUACUCGACGCCCUCUAUAUGGAUGACAUGGUGAAAAGUAUUCGCAAUUGGAUGAAAAACCCAGCAAGCUCAGGUGCUGUGACAGAAGAGCCACAGAAUACAUGCGACAACCUGAAAAAUACAGUUCAUGUUCAUAUUUUGAUUGUUGAAGGCUUUCUGCUAUACAAUUAUGAGCCACUUAAUGAACUAUGGAAUAGAAGAUAUUUUUUGACCCUUCCUUAUGAGGAGUGCAAAAGGAGGAGGAGCACCAGAGUCUAUCAGCCAGCAGAUGCACCGGGGUACUUCGAUGGACACGUGUGGCCUAUGUAUCUGAAAUAUAAAAAUGAAUUGGAAGAGAAUGCAAGUAACAUUGUUUAUCUGGAUGGAACAAAAUCCCAAGAGGAGCUUUUAUCGUGUGUGUAUAGUGAUAUAAUAGAGGAAUUAAAAAAACUGAGGGAAGGAAGUAAGUAAUGUUACAGAUGAGCCGGUCACAGCAUGAUAAUGUAGAAAGCCUGUGUUCCAUUUGAUACGAAUUGAAAACCUCAAGACUGUCAUACUUGGCAAGCCAACCAACUGAGCCGGUGUCAUGUGUAUGUCCCUUCAUACAACACAAGUAGAUUUGUAGUGACUAUUAACUCUGUAAGCCUCCGAUAUUGUUGAGUAGUAUCAACAGUGCAUUAUUCUUUGUAAUUCCUUUAAUCAGUCAUGCUUUGGCUGAUCUUUAAAUCUGAUUGAAUGCAUACGUUUCAAAUAUGAACAUUUUUGUGUACAAAACUAAACUAUAAAGAUGCAGUUCUGUUGGAUUAAUAAGCAUAUUCGAACAUGGAUGAAUACAGUUUGAAAUGUUCAUAUCCGAAUGACAGUGAUUACCUCUAAUAUUCUUAUGAGCUUCUAAUUACUGGUAAACCUGGCUAGGGGAACUAGCUAUAUGCUGUGGGAAAAGUAAGUUUAAGAUUAUAUAAGCUGUAGCAGUGCUUAUUCAGUAACUGAAGCUGUCAUUGAGUACCUUCUAACUGAACUUACUUAGAUUUGCUAAACACCUCUGUGGUGUUUGUCACAUAUUUUUUAUGUUGAGUGUUGGUUGGAGCAAUUGGGAAUGGAUAUUUUAAAAAUUCAAAUAAAUCUGAAGAGAACUCAGGUUGUUGGAAAAAGAUGGGGGAAUAAGAUGUCGGAGAGAAUGCAGAUGCAUUGCUAACAAGGUUAAGUAGGUAUAUAUAGACUACUAGACAAUAAAUGCAUGUUUCAGGGAGGAGGAAGGAAGAAGUAAUUCUUACUAAUAUUCGUAGCUCAAGUUGAAAUUAUAGUAAUGAAAGUGUUCAGAAAGCAGCUAUGCUAAACAUAUGUUAAAGCUUUGUUGUAGGAUUUGUGUACAUAUAUUGAGAUAAACUGGGAAACUGGGAAGUUGAUCGUAUUUGGCUGCUGAAUAAGUAAUGUAAUAUAUUAACUCUUACAUUUUCUAUAAAGUAUCUUACAUUUUUAUCAGCCAGAAUAAAAAUCAAGCUACAGACAUGAAAA